AUGCGUCCCGCCCCGGCUACUCGCGCCUCCAUCGUUCGCCUCAUGAACGCGACCGCCUCGGCAGGUUGCCGUGGCUGUGGCCGUUCUCACACGGCGGCCCACUCGUGCGCGUCGGGCCCUACCCAGGCGCGCGGCAUGGCUACGCCCGUCGACCUCCCCGGUCCCGGCAACAGCAACGGCGACUACGCUUUCGAGAUGGCCGCCUCGACCCUCCGUUUCGGCACCGGCUCGACGCGUGAGGUCGGCAUGGACAUGACCAACCUCAUCAACAAGAUGCCCGCCAACGAGCGCGGCAACGCCAAGAUUGCCGUCUUCACCGACCCCAACAUCGCCCAGCUCCCCGUCAUGCAGACGGUCGUGCAGGCACUGCAGAAGGAGGGCCACAACUUUGUUGUCUUUGACAAGGUCGCCGUUGAGCCCACCGAGGCCUCGUGGCUCGAGGCCAUCGAGUGGUCUCGUGCUCAGAACCCAACACACUUCCUCGCUGUUGGUGGUGGCUCGACCAUGGACACGGCCAAGGCCGCCAACCUCCUGACGUGCUACCCCGACAAGGACAUGUACGAGUUCAUCAACGCCCCCGUCGGCAAGGGCACGCCCAUCGCCAAGACCCUCCACCCCAUGGUCGCCGUCCCCACCACCGCCGGUACCGGUUCCGAGACCACCGGAACUGCCAUCCUCGACAUUCCUUCCAAGAAGUUCAAGACUGGUAUCGCUUCCCGUGCGCUCAAGCCCACUCUCGGCAUUGUCGACACCCUCAACACCGCCACCUGCCCUCGUGAGGUUGCCAUUGCCGCUGGUCUUGACGUGCUCUUCCACUCGCUCGAGUCUUACACCGCCAUUCCUUACUGGGAGCGCACACCGCGCCCUACCAACCCCAUCCAGCGCCCCGCUUACCAGGGCUCGAACCCCGUGUCGGACAUCUUCUCCAAGUGGGCUCUUGAGCAGACCGUCAAGUACCUCCCCCGCAUCUUCAAGGACCCCCACGGUGACGAGGAGGCCCGCACCCAGAUGCUUCUUGCGUCGUCGACCGCCGGUAUCGGCUUUGGCAACGCCGGUGUCCACCUCUGCCACGCCGGCUCGUACCCCAUCUCGUCGCUCAACAAGGCGCGUCCCAAGGACAAGCAGUACUUCCACCCCUCGUACUCGCCGGAUGUUCCCCUCAUCCCCCACGGUGUCGCUGUCUCUCUGACCGCCCCUGCUGUCUUCAACUUCACCUCGCCCACCUCGCCGGAGCGCCACCGCACUGCUCUCGAGAUCUUCAUGGGCAAGGAGCGCGCCGCCGAGGCCGCCGCCGUCAAGGACGCCGACCUUGGUCUCGCUCUCCGUGAGGAGAUCUGGAAGUUCCUCGACAGCGUCGCGGUUCCCCGUGGUCUCACCCAGGUUGGCUACGGCACCGAGGACAUCCCCACCCUCGCCAAGGGUAUGCUUCCCCAGCGCCGUGUCCUCGACCUCGCGCCAGGCCUCGCUGGCAAGGACCACCAGGCUGAGGAGCUUGAGCAGCUCUCGACCAUCCUCGAGGGCUCGAUGUCGUGGUAA